UACUUUAAUUGAAACAUUACAGCAAAAGGAAAACUUAUUCAACUACUAUAAAAACAAGAUCCGUAGCAUAAAUAGAUCCUCCAGAAGAUGCUUGCGAAGACAGAGGUUAAAGAAUAAGUCACAGACAUUUGAGGCCACACACAUAACUUGCUCCUAAACUGUUCUUCCGAAAUUCAUUCUCUUUAAAGAAUCCUAGUAGAGAAGGGCUCUAUCAGAGGAGACAUGGAGGAUCUUGUGGGACUUCUUAGAAUCCGAGUGAAAAGAGGGACUAAUCUUGUUAGUCGAGACUCUCAGAGCAGCGACCCUUUCGUCGUCAUAACUAUGGGUCCUCAGACAUUGAAGACUAGUCGUGUGGAAAAUAACUGUAACCCUGAGUGGAACGACGAACUGACGCUUGCAUUCAAUGAUUAUAAUCAACCUGUGAAUCUCGAAGUUUAUGAUAAAGAUACAUUCACUUCCCAUGACAAGAUGGGAGAUGCGGAAAUAGACGUCAGGCCAUUUCUUGAGAUUCAAGCAAUGGGUCUUCAAGAACUACCUGAAGGAACCGAGGUCAAGAGAGUGAAGCCGAGUACAGACAAUUGUUUGGUUGAAGAGAGCAGAAUCGUUUUCAGUAAUGGAAAAAUCGUCCAAGACAUGAUUCUCAAGCUGAGAAAUGUCGAAAGAGGUGAGGUUGAGAUUCAAAUUGAGUGGAUCAGUGUUCCAUAGGGUCAAGGGAUCUUUGAAAUAAGACAUGAAAAACAACUAUUGUGAAUUUUUUUUUUUUAACUAUUGUGAAUUGAAUUGUACGCACACCGGAAGAGUGCAAGUCUAUUUACUCCUCUGACAUUAGGCGUUUGUUUGGUCUCUUUGGAGAUUCGGAGUUCCAGGGCGAGCCACAUUCUCGUCAAUCUUCCUGCUUCUGCGUUACAUGUUCAGUUAUCAUCAAGAAGCUCUUGAACUCUUUC